AUGGAAGGGCUCAACGAGGACGUUAUUUUAAGCAACACUCUUAAAAGAGAUGAGAAGAGUGUGAAAAACCUUUGGCAUAUGGAUCGGAGGUGUUGGGAGGUUAAUAAAGUCAGGCAAGUAUAUGGACAAGACUGGGGGGACAAGAUUUGCAAUAUUCCCAUUGGAAGGGAAGGCCAGGAAGAUAGAAUGAUAUGGUUCCUUUGGAAAGCGUUAUGGAAGCUCGAUACUCUACCGAAGAUCCGGGUUUUCGCGUGGAGGGUGGGGCAUGAAAUACUCCCCACGAAUUCUAAGAUCGCCUCUAUUAGACAGGGUUUUGAAAAGGGGUGUCCUCGAUGCGGAGCAAAGAUCGAAACCGUGUUGCAUGCUUUAAAAGACUGCCCAACCUCGAGAGCAGUUCUGUCGAUCGGAGGGUGGUCCAGGAGCUUUAUUUCGAAGAAUUAUGAUCACUGCGCGGAUUGGUUGGAAGACUUAAUGCGGGUCCUUGACAAGAGAGCGAUGGCCGACUUGUUGACAACCCUUUGGAACUGCUGGAAUAACAGGAAUAAUUUUAUUUUCAGGGGUAAAGAAGAUGAGGCCAAGCAAAUAUGGGAAAGAGCUAGCAACUUGACCAAGGAGUUUCGAAUAUGUAAUAUGACGAAUGAGCCAUUACUGUCACAGAACGCAGCGGAGAAAAAGUGGAAAAAACCUCCAAUGGGCUUCAUUAAAAUAAAUUUCGAUGCUACAGUAGGCGAAGACAAAAUCGGUUUUGGAACGAUCAUAAGGGAUGAAGAGGGAUUUGUCUUGGGAGGUGGUGGGGGUUUUAAAGAGGGUAGGGUGUCGGUGGAAGAGGCUGAGUGCAUGGCUUUUGAAGAAAGCAUCAACGUGGCGCGUAAUUUGAAUUUUAAAGAACAUGUUCUCUUCGAAACAGAUCACGUGGGGCUGGUCUAUAAAUUCAAUAAGUCAGCCCAUGACGUCACAACGAUAGGCGAGCGGAUAAAGGAAUGUACAGCAGCCUUCAGCUUUUUUAAAUCGGCCAAUUUAAUUUGGACCGAACGGUCAUGUAAUACUGUAGCUCAUUUACUUUGUAAAAAAAUGUGUAGCGGGGGAAAAAAAUAUUUGUUCGAUAUGGAUUAUCCUCCAGAAAUCCACAAUGCUGUAAUUCGUGAUGUUUCGUAA